UCGUCGGGAGCCAAUCCGAAUCAAGUUCGAUAAUUCGAUGAGGAUGUAACGUUUUGUUCCGGCGCAAGGAAAUUUUUCUGCGGGACACGGACUCAAGUAACGCCUCGCAAUAGUCGCGCGAUUCAUGCCGUCUCUUCGUGUUGCUUUGGACGAUAUUGGCACGGAAGCUGUGAAAACUUGUGUCGGCCGAACAUGGCAGCGGUGAUGUCGGAAUUUCGCUCGCGCUACGGUCACCUGUGAUUUUAAUACCGAUGUAACGACAAUAUGAGGGAUAGACCGGUUACGCGAGGAGAUUCGGUGUUGCAGCAACGUGGGACAAAGACGUCGAGAUCGUCGUAAACGAAUUUUCUGCAGAUCAUGACAAUUUAAUAUACAAAGCAAGGAUAAUGGAUGGCACACGGGCAACAGAAAUAUUGCCACUGCUGCAAGAACGUCUGGCUAUACUGCCAGGUGGACGCGAUCGUAGAGGAGGGCCUGUACUUCUGUUUCCUAGUACGCAAAAACGCGAACGUGCAAAACCUGAGGACUACAAGCGUCUCUUACAGUAUCUGUUUGCUAUUCCCAGUGAUGAAGUCAGAGGCCUACGGUUUACUGUAAUUGUGGACAUGCGUGGUACCACAUGGGAUUCUGUUAAACCCAUCUUAAAGGUAUUGCACGAGCAUUUUCAUCGUACAGUUUAUGUCGCUUUUCUUAUUAAACCAGAGAACUUUUGGCAGAAACAGAGGACCUCAUUGGGUAAGCAGAAGAAAUAUAAUUUUGAGAUUAAUACAAUUAGCUUAGAAGCUCUUGUAAAAGUUGUAGAUCCUUCUCAGCUCACUGCGGACUUAGAUGGAUCUUUGCAAUAUGACCAUGCUCAGUGGAUUGAAACCAGAUUAGUUGUAGAAGACUUUACAUGGCAGGCAGCUGAUCUUCUUGAUAGAUUAGAUGACUUGCAGGAAGACCUCAGUCGAAAUGACUUUGCAGACGAUGUCGCAGGUGCUAAGCACGGUAUUGAUUUGCACAAUGAAAUGAAAAAAAAAAUCAUGAAAGUUCCGGUGGAAGACAUCGAAGUUCUCGGACAACGUCUUCUUCAACGAUUUAAUAAUAGUGCAACGGCAACCGGUGGUGAGGGAGGAAGUAUUGAUAAUGGCGCGGCGAGUUGUGCCGAUUCAGAUGGAAGAGCAUUGGCCACCAUGGUUAUACAACAUCUGGACUCUGUGCACGCCGCACAGCAGCAUCUGUUACAACUGUGGCACAUCAAGAAGAUGAAACUAGAUCAGUGUUUUCAACUGCGAUUGUUCGAACAGGACUGCGAAAAGAUGUUCGAUUGGAUCUGUCAUAAUCGAGAGGCAUUUCUUGCCAGUUACGUGGAGAUCGGCCGUUCGUAUCAGUUAGCCAAGAAUUUGCAAGAAGAACAUAAGCACUUCACAAUGAGUUCGAUGAACGUUUACGUGAAUAUCAAUAAGAUCCUCACAAUGGCCGGUAGAUUGCUGGAAACGCAGCAUUACGCGGCCGGACACGUGCGAGCGGUGGCGGGCCGUCUGGAUCGAGCUUGGAAAGAAUUCGCCGCGGGUCUCGAUGAACGUACCGCGGUACUUAGUUUGAGUGUAGUGUUUCAUCAUAAAGCGGAACAGUAUGUUGACAAUGUUGCCGGCUGGAGUCAAGCGUGUGAAAUUAGCAAUCUGCCUAGUGAAAUUCCUGUUCUCGAAUCUCACAUUCGUCAGCAUCAAACUCUUUACGAAGCAAUGUGUCAAGCAUAUACCGAGGUUUACAAUGCAUAUCAAGCAUUAUUGAGCGGCCUGGGUUCAAUGCUGCAAGUAUGUCAUAAUGUGAGCGCACAUUCUUCAAGGUCGGAUACAUUUCGCGUCGAUUAUGUGCAUAGUACCAGUAAGAAGCUUCUUUAUCAGCUGGAUCAUCUUGUGCAAGUCUGUAAUCAACCACAAGGAAUUGACCAUAUCGCCAGGAAACAUAGCCAAGAUGGACACAAUAUUGAUAGUCACACCGGCACGAGUGGUAAUCCAGCGGCUGAUUACAGCGAAGGUGCAUCCCACGUGUUAGCAGUUAUUCAUCAGAUUCUCGGUCAUCACAGAGCAUUGGAAGCUCGUUGGCACGCUCGUAAAGUCAAAUUGCAUCAACGGCUCGCAUUAAAAUUAUUCCAAGAAGAUGUCAAACAAGUUCUCGAUUGGUUGACGAAUCACGGCGAAGUUUUUAUUAGAAAAAACACAGGUGUCGGUCGUAAUCUGCAGAAAGCACGCGUCUAUCAAAAGAGCCAUGAACAUUUUGAAAAUGUUGCUCAGAAUACUUAUACAAACGCAACCAAGCUUUUGACCGCUGCAGAGGAACUUGCUCAUACGGGAGAGUGUGCACCCGAUGAGAUAUACGCCGUGGCGCAAGAAUUAGAAGCUCACGUUAGCAGCUUUGCGACGAGGGUUGAGCAACGACGUCGGAGAUUAGACCUGGCAGUAGUAUUUUAUACGCAUGAAAAAGAGCUCACCGGAUGGGUAGACGAGUUACGUCAAGAAUUACAGCAGGACGAGGUGGCGGAGAAUCUCGAGACAGCCGAAAGACUGUUGGAGCAAUGCGCGCAACACAGAUCAUCCUGUCUCGAAGCGUGCGCUUCGACGAUAGCUCAAGGAGAAGCUCUGCUUCAAGAGCUGCGCGAAACGACCGACGCACCUGACACCACUGGCUCGAUAUCGGCCGUAGAGUCGGCAUUGGAUAGACUGGCGAAUCUCAGACAAGAAUUGGAGGAUUUAUGGGCUACGAAAAAAUUGCGACUCGAAUUAUGCCUGCGAUUGCGCGUGUUCGAACGAGACGCGCUAGAAGCGAGCGGUCAGUUGGAGAUGUGGGCGCAGGAACUUCAAGGACCACCGCGAGAAGGUUCGCCCGAGCAGCUGCUACGCGUUCAUAAUGACGGCGUGGUUCAUAUGCAGAACACCGCUUUUCAAAUUCUCCACCGCGGACAAGAUCUGGCGCAGGUUCUGGAAGAGGCGGGAGUGUGUAUUAUGGCAGACGGUCAGCAUAGCGCUACUGCACGAGUGCAGAUGCUCCUCGAAUUUCUUAACGAGAGGGAACUGGACGCGGAAGAUCUCGCGGAGAUGCGAAGAGUACGGUUGGAGCAAGCCUCGCAAUUGCUGCAGCUGCAGACUGACGCUUCUCACGUGAUCAAAUGGAUACGAAACGGCGAAUCGAUAUUGUUGGCAUCGUUGAGGAUACCGGAAGACUUCGAAGAUGCUGAUCAACUGGGAAAGGAACACGAUCAGUUCCAAAUCGCGAUAACGAAUACUCACGCUUCCGCUGUUCAAGUGAAACACAAAGCGGACGCUUUGAUAAACGGGAAUCAUUACGAUCCAAAAAGCAUAAGAGAAAUAGCGGAAGACGUUACUAAACGGUGGCAACAACUGGUUACUUGCGCGGAGGAACGGCACAAAUUAAUCACCGCUAGUUUGAACUUUUACAAAACGGUUGAUUCUGUACGUUCGGUUCUCGACAGUUUAGAAUUACAAUACAACGUGGACGACGACUGGUGCGCCGACGGAGACAAAGCCGCGUCUAUACCGGCAUCUCUCACUAGACAUCAGGAACAAAAGGAAGCUUUUCUGAAGGCCUGCACCCUCGUACGACGAACCGGCGAAACGUUCUUAAAGUACAUUAAUCGCAGUCUACAGUUUUAUAGUUAUCACUCGAACAGCGCCGGUUCCGCAAACAAGGUCAAAAAUAUUUUAGAGGAGUUAGUUAGUAAGGAGAACAAAGUGCUCGAAUAUUGGACUCAGCGGAAGAAACGCUUGGAUCAGUGUCAUCAGUACGUUCUGUUCGAACGUAGCGCGAAACAGGCUCUUGAAUGGAUAAGAGAAACCGGAGAAUUGUAUCUGGCGACGCACACCAACGUCGGCAAGAAUCGUAUUGAAAAUGAGCAGUUGCUGCAGGAGCAUAACGAGUUCAAGGGUGCGGCGAAGGAGACAAGAGAACGAGUGAAAUUGUUGAUACAACUCGCUGAUAAUUUGGUCGAAAGAGGUCAUGCUCACGCCGCAGCAAUCAAACAGGCUGUUGCCGAAGUGGAUCAGCGAUACAAAGACUUUAGUGCUCGAAUGGAUUGCUACAAAACGCAAAUCGAAGACGACUUAGGUAUUCAGUCUGAUGAGGUACACAGAGAUCUGUCUAUCGAUCGGAAUUCGGAUCCGUUGCUGGAAGAGAAGAUCAAGGGUAAAGAUCUGAAAGAGCUGAACGAAGAGAAGAGAAGAUCUGCUCGCAGAAAAGAGUUUAUUAUGGCCGAACUUCUUCAAACCGAGCGCACGUAUGUAAAAGACUUGGAGACUUGCAUCCGUUGCUUCCUGGACGAAACGCGAAGUGGAAAGGGAAAUGUUCCGCCGGGUUUGCAAAGUCGCGAGUCGAUUAUUUUUAGCAACAUAGAGGAGAUACAUCAGUUUCACAGCAAUGUGUUUUUACGCGAGCUGGAAAAAUACGAAACCAUGCCAGAAGAUGUGGGACAUUGUUUUGUAGUGUGGGCACCUAAAUUUGACAUGUACGUAACUUACUGUAAAAAUAAGCCUGAGAGCAAUCAGCUUUUGGUAACUCACGGUGGCAUGUGGUUUGAGGAAUUGCAGAGAAAACAUAGAGUAGAACAUCCUAUUGCCGCGUAUUUAAUCAAACCCGUGCAGAGAAUCACUAAAUAUCAGUUGCUACUUAAGGACUUACAGGCUUGCUGCCAAGAAGGACAAGGCGAGAUAAAAGAGGGAUUAGAAGUGAUGUUAAAUGUGCCUAAGAAAGCUAACGAUGCCUUACAUUUAAGUCUACUGGAAGGUUGCGACGUUAGUAUAGAUGCACUCGGUGACGUUGUAUUGCAGGAUUCAUUCACUGUAUGGGACCCAAAACAACUGAUCAGAAAGGGACGAGACCGUCACAUAUUUCUCUUCGAAUUAUAUCUUCUCUUUACGAAGGAAGUGAAGGAUUCCGCCGGAAAGGUGAAAUACGUUUAUAAAAAUCGUUUGUUAACUUCCGAGUUGGGUGUAACUGAGCAUAUCGAGGGCGACGAAUGUAAAUUCGCUGUGUGGACAGGACGGGCGCCGACUAGCGAUACGCGCGUUGUGCUACGAGCGAAUUCAAUGGACGCGAAACAGCUGUGGGUGAUGAGGCUGCGUGAGGUAAUACAAGAAACCUUUUUGGGCAAGAACAUGCCGAAGAGUCCCGCCAAGAAGAGCUCCAGUCAACGUUCAAGUAGAGAUCUGGAAGAAUGCGCGUCUCUGGACGAAAGUGUGGAGAAUCUUGAUAGAAAUUCACUGGCGUCUUUCGGCUCGACCAACACCACGGAUUCUGAUAAGACCGGGGUGGUCGAAAUGACGUGGGUGGUUGCCGAUCAUAUGGCCGCACCGGGUUCGAGAGAACUCAGCGUGACAAAGGGACAACAAGUCGAAGUGUUGGAGAACGGCACAACAGGAGGGGUUCCCAAUACCGGCGAGUGGACUUUGGUACGUUUGCCACUCACGCCCGGACAAGCCGAACCCGCCGCAGAGGGUCUGGUACCUACCAGCGCUCUGAAGCAGCCACCGACCGCCUCCUGUAAAACUUCGCCGUCCAGAAAAGCGUCCACGCAACAACAGCAGCAACAACAGCAGCAACAACAAUUGUACCAACAGCAUCAUCAUCAACAACAGUCAUCACAUCAUCAUCCGUAUCAUCAACAACAGCAGAUCAAUCAAAAUCCCGUCAUCCAGGGGCAGCAACAAACUAUCGUCGCUACUACUGCCAGCACGUUACCGCCGACCGGUAUCGCGCCGGCUACGCAGCAAGCGGCUUCGUUGACCGCGUUGUCGUCUGCGGCUCUAUCGCCAAUGUUAUCGGAGGAAGCAGAAACUGCCGGAAGCGACGGCAGCGGUUCGGCCAGUACAAAUUCGCCCGGCAACAAGAGACGAGGUUUCAGCGGACGGAAGUGGCUCCCACCGUCUUUACGUAAACUUAGCCAAGGUAAAGUCGAGAAAACCAAUACAGCCGUACCGACGUCAUCGUCUCCUUUGAUUGAGACGUCUUUGAAGAAAAACACCUCGGAUAAACGCUUUAAAUUGCCGAGCGGCGUUGAAAAUAAUCGGCCUGGCAAGGCGGCGUUCGAAGCGGAAGUUGGCGCACAAGAGGACGAGGAAAUUAAUAGCAAGGAAGAGGAGGAGAGCGAGGAUCAGCAAGAAAUCGAGGUGGAUCUGGACGCUGAUCUGGUCACGGAGAUCGAUGACACGGCGGUUACGAGUUUGCAAGAACAAAACGGCGGCGAAGACGCCGACGACGAUUUGGAACUCCCGCCACCGAUGAAGCCUAUAAACGAACCAAUACUCGUGACGACCGCGAACGGACCGUCGGGAUCCACGAUACCGAGCGAAUUACCCGGAAAACGACAGUCUUCCGAACGUACGACGAAGAUACUCGAUGGCGGAGCCACAACGGCCGAUCUCUCGGAAAUUGAACAGAUCGUGAAGGAGAGAAUGGAGCAACAUACGGAAAAUCAGGAAAGACAGAGUCUCAUGCGAACUCCUAACGGGAAAACAGUAAGCAACGAGGAAGAACAGUGCAACACGACCGCCACUUCGGUCGCGACCGACGAAUCAGAUUCGAGGGAUCAGGAAAGCACCGCGAUCGCCAAGCGACAAUUUGUUAUUCGCGAAUUGGUGGAUACCGAGAGAGACUAUAUCAAUGAUUUAAAGCAGAUAGUCGAAGGUUACAUGGCACUAAUGCGAAAUCCCGAAUGCGAGAUUCCUUUGCCGGAAGAUCUGCGCGGCGGGAAAGACAAGAUGGUUUUCGGUAACGUAGAAGCCAUCUACGAGUGGCACAGAGACUUUUUCUUCAAAGCUCUAGAGCGUUGUUUGGAACGUCCCGAAGAGCUCGGACCUCUUUUUAAACGUUACGAACGAAAAUUACACAUGUACGUGGUUUAUUGUCAGAAUAAACCCGUUUCGGAAUACAUUGUGUCUGAAUACAUAGAUACUUACUUCGAGGAGCUUCGUCAGAAACUUGGACAUCGCCUGCAACUCUGCGACUUGUUGAUCAAACCCGUACAAAGGAUUACAAAAUAUCAACUUCUUCUACGGGAGGCACUGCGCCUCACUGAACGAACUCAAAGGUUAUCGGAAAUCGAAGGCCUCAGAGCGGCGGCUCAUGUCAUGCGAGUUAUACCUAAAGCUGCAAACGAUAUGAUGGACGUUGGGAGAUUACAAGGUUUCGACGGUAAAAUAACGGCGCAAGGAAAACUCUUGUUGCACGGUCCGCUGCUGGUUACAGAAAUAUCAAACGUAUUGACAAAAGGAAGAGAAUGGCAAGUCUUUCUUUUCGAACAAAAUAUAAUUUUUAGCGAAGCUGUGGGCAAAAAGACGCAGUUCACCAAUCCCGCUUACAUAUACAAAGCACACAUUCAGGUGAACAAAAUGAGUCUCGAGGAUUCGAACGACGAUCCGGAGAAAUUUAUUAUUCGAUCGACGGAUCCACGAAAACCCGGGCUGGGAUUUUCUUGUAACGUGGCUGAAGACAGUAACGGGCCGCGCAGACAGGAAUGGGUAGACACAAUCACAGCCAUUCUGCAAACGCAGCGCGACUUCUUGAAGGCGAUACAGUCACCGAUUGCCUACCAGAAGGAACUUACCAAAGAUCCACUCCGUGCCACCACCACCACCACCAUCAUCACUACAUCCGAACCUGUGACUCGGGCAAGCAUGUCGGUUCCUCCGACGCUGACAAUCUCCGGAUCAACGAACAAGAGUAACGACCAUAAGACGAAUCAACAGCCGUUGCAACGUUCUCUUACCGGAGGAUUAGAAUGCACGCAACCACGAACGCCCAGCCCAACUAAGAGCAGACUGAACUUUCUAGAGGGGUUUAAGAAUACUCUACGCACGCGUUCGCCAGUUCGCAACAAUUCCGUCCCGGUCGUUCCAGGUGCCCGCGUAAGAUUAGCCGCGGAUUGGGGAAAAUUACACGCCGGCGAUGAGCUUGUCGUCUCCCACUUAGACGGUCCGGGUUUGGUAGUAUCUCCGAUAAAUACUAAGGACGAGCUGUGGAUCCCGGCGAGUCUUAUUCCAAACUCGGCAAUCAGUCGCGCGUGGUCAUUUCGACCGCGAAAAGUCGAUUUUACAAAAACCAAUCACUCUCUCGAUUCUCACGAAUCGACAAGAACGACGACGGCGACGACGACGACGAUGACGACGACAACGACAACAACAACAACAACAACGACGAUGACGCUUGAGGAAAAAGCGCCGAAUAUUCUGGGCAAUCCGGCAUCGGUUCGCGCGACCGCUGGAGAAGUUGUCAGAUUGUCCGUCGAGACUCAUAACAUAGACGAUGCGAUCGUCACAUGGAGAAAAGAAGGAGAAGAUAAAUACAUAAGGGAGAGCGAUCGGUAUCAGUUUCAACGAAGUGCGGGUUUCGUGUAUUUACAAAUCACAGGUGUCCGACCUUCAGACUCCGGGAUGUAUCACUGUUACAUGAAAUGCGAGACGGGCACCUGCUCCGCGAACGUAUCACUCUGUGUCGUAGGAGGAAAAAGCAGCACCUUAGCGCGCGUUUUAGGACCUUCAAAAGUGGAAAUCGACUGGGAUAAACAGGAGAUUGGCAGUGCGUUGUGUAGCAUAGAAUGCAGAACUUUACCGUUGCAACAUUGGGUACCGAUGUUAAAACAGGCCAAUGAGCCACCCAUUGUACUGAACUUGUCGUCAGAUGCUUCAUACAGUUUUCGAGUGGUGGGAGAUGACGGAAGAACAAACCUGCCGUCUAUCGUGGUAACAUUGUCGAGAUUAGAGAUUGACGGUGGCGCGGAAUGGGAAGCUAAACAGUUCGUUGGCAGAUAUUUGGAAUUGGACGAGUUAGGUAACGGUAGAUUCGGCAUAGUCCGUCGCGCCAGAGACAAGGGCACCGGCCAGGAGGUAGCACUCAAGCAGAUACCGCGACACAAACAGCCGAGAUCACUGACACGAGCAGAAUAUGACAUGCUGGCCUCAACUCAUCACGCCAACAUCGUCAGAGCGUUUGCCCUGUUCGAAAAUGCGCCUCGACCUGGCGUGGACACUAUCGUUCUGGAAUUGGUGAAAGGUCCGACAUUGUUUACAUAUUUGAGCGAGAAAACAGAAUACACUGAAGCAACGGCGAUGCGAUAUACCGGUCAGUUGUUAUCUGCGCUGUGCUGUCUUCAUUGUCGUAGCCGAGCGCACUUGGACGUAAAACCAGAAAACGUUCUCAUUGACCAGGAAACGGAUCAGGUGAAGCUAAUAGAUCUGGGAGAGGCAGUAAAAGCACCUGUCGAUGAAAUUGUGCCACCUCCAGCUGAUCUGGAAUUUGCAGCGCCUGAAUCAGUGCUGGGUAGACCAACCGGUUCUUACACGGAUAUGUGGGCUAUCGGUGUUUUUAUUUAUGUUUUGUUAAGUGGAUUAUCGCCGUUUUUGGACGAUUCUGUGGAGGAAACCACUGCUAACAUACUCAAAUGUGAUUUCUGUUUUCCCGACGAAUAUUUCGAGACGAUAUCCAGUGACGCGAAAGAGCUCCUGAGAAGAUUAUUGUGUCUGCGUGGUGAAGAUCGAGCUAAUGCAGAGCUCUGCCUUAACUCACCGUGGUUGAAGAUAUCAACUGGCGCUACCAUACCGUCCAUUAGAAUGGCCGCAUUUAUCGAACGUCGUGCUCAUUGUCUUAAACUGCGUCAGGAUCACAUAUAAUAAUAGAUUAUAUUCUUGAAGCUCUCUCUUAACAAUGUGCAAAGUAAGCAUGUUACUUAAAAUACACAUGACAAAUUUAUAUAUGUAAAUAGUAAAAUAUACUUGAAUGUCUUAACUGUUGA